AUGUCUAUGCUUCCUGGUCCGUUGGGCACCGUGCCCCCUACCGAGCAGAUGCGCGAGAUGGGCGCUUCGGUCGAUGAGAUCCGUAAGGCUGAGCAUGACGGCACCCACCCCGGCAUUCGCCAACGCCAAUGGGGCUUGGCGGCUCGUCUCGAACCCGACAUUUCCUACGAGGAAUAUAGGUACUGGGCCAAGGUCGAGCGUGAAAUGGAAGAGGAAGAGGCUCGUCGCUACAAAGCUGUGGCACCAACCGGUUUCCUGGGAUCCCUCAAGGGCUAUUUCACCAGCAACCCUUACGAGGAUGCUAAGAUCCACGAGUCACGUCCUAUCGAGGGCAACGACGAGGCCAAUAACCCGUGGUCCGAGAAGAAGUCUGCUGCUGCCGGUAGCGACGAUGACGCUGUCAGCCCUGUCCCACCGAUCAACACUCACGACCUGGAUGCCGAGUGGCGAACAGCCGCCAGAGCCAUGCGCAAUGCUGGCUGGGGAGCUGUCUUUUACUUGAUUACCACUGAUAUUCUGGGUUGGUCUUCGGCCCCCUACGUCUUUGCAAACACCGGUUACGGUCUCGGUGUUGGUAUCUUCAUCCUCAUGGGUCUCGCUGCCUUUGUAUCUGGACUUAUGAUCUGGCGAACAUUCCUGGGUCUCGACUCGUCCCGGUACCCAGUCUUGAGCUUUGGCGACCCUUUCUUCCGUCUUUACGGCCCCAAAAUGCGUCAUUUCAUCAACUUUAUGCAAUCUCUGCAGAUGUUCCUGAGUGUCGCAGUCGUGCUUUUGGGUAACACUGGUAUUAUUGCCCAGCUCGGCGGAAGCGUCAAUCUGUGCUAUAUCGUUUGCGGUGUCAUCUCGCUCGUCGUCGGCAUGGCCAGUGGUUACAUGCGAUCCCUCAAGCACCUGGGUUGGUUGUGUAACAUGGCCGUGUGGAUGAACAUUGUCUGCUUCAUCCUUGUUUUGGUUGCUGCGGGCAUGUACGGACCUGACCCUGCUCCUGCUGUCCAGAACGGUAUCCUGAACAAAACUUGGGCCGAUACAGCCACCAUGGCGCCGGUCAAGACCUUUGUUGACACCCCGCCAGCUGAAUAUCAGCAAACCAAUACCGGUGCCUUCGCUGCUAACUUCAACGGUAUCAACAGCAUGGUUUACGCGUACUCUGGAGCUGUUAUGUUCGUCGCCUUCUUGUCUGAGAUGCGACGCCCUAUGGACUUCUGGAAGGGCCUGCUCAUCGCACAAACCUUUAUCACUGUUGUCUACGUCUUUUUCGGUGCUUUGGUCUACCACUGGUACGGUCAAUACAGUUACAGUGUCAUCAACUCGACUGUCAGGCCAGAGCGUCUUCAGGUUCCUGGCAACGUUCUUUCUCUUCUCACCGGUUGGCUUGCCGUCUUCCUGUAUUUCAACGUUGGUAUGAAGACCGUAUACCAGGAGGUCUGCCAAGAGAUCUUCAAACUGCCCGCCAUCGCAUCAGCAAAAGGACGAUACUUCUGGUGGGUUCUCGGCCCAGUUUACUGGAUCAUCGCCUUUAUCGUUUCCAUGUCCGUUCCUCAAUUCACCGCCUUCACCAAUUUUGUCGGCGGUCUGUUCAGUUUGAACUUCACAUACUCCUUCUCUGGAAUCAUGUACAUCGCCUACAAGGUUCAUGAGGCUGCUAGACUUCCCGGCGAAGGUUUCGACCCCGCUACCGGUGUGACUACUCAGCACGAUAGUGGACUCCAGAGAUGGGCCCGCGGAUUCAUCAAGGGAUGGAAAUGGACCAUUCCUGUCCUCAUCUACACAUUGGCCGGUCUUGCUGCAUCUGGUAUGGGUACCUGGGCCGCUGUGCUGGGUCUGGAAGCUGCCUAUGGUCCUGACGGUUCGGUCCUCACUUCCUGGACCUGCACAAAUCCUUACUAUAACACUACUGAUUAA